AUGUCAUCAAAGACUUUUGCAAGUGAUGGUAACUACCCCAAUGGGGGUAAGGAAAUGCAUUUUUCACAAUUCAGGAACUUGAAGGAGGCCAUCUUCGAGAAAGAAGAGUUUCCAACCCAAGUCGAAAUUCUUCUACCAUGUAACAAGAAGACAAAGGAAGUUAAUAAGAUCGCUAGUGUUUGCAGGCAACUUGGUGAUGGGUCUAAAAUAUCUGAGUUGGGCAGCUUGAUUCAUCUUAGAGGGACAAUUUGCAUAUCAGGAUUGGAGGAUGUGGCGGAUGCUCUAGAUGCUAGGAGGGUCAACUUGAAAGAUAAACAAGUCUUAGAUGUGCUAUUUCUAAAGUGGAGUAUCUCCUCGGAUCAUUCUCGCAAUGGAAAUGUUGAAUUAGAAAUUCUUGACAUGCUUGAACCUCACGAUAACUUGAAUGAGCUUACCAUUAGUGGUUACCAUGGUAGAAGAAUUCCGACUUGGGUUGGAAACUCUUCGUUCUCGAAGAUGGUCUCCUUCAAGUUCCUGAAUUGUGAAAAAAGCAUUUCCUUACCCCCAUUAGGGUUAGUUACCAUCACUUGCAAAAGUCUACAUUCAAGGGAUGAAUGA